ACUUCGAUCGCGUUGGUGUAAAACUCUAAAACCCUUACACAUUCACAUCACUAGUAAAGUCACGGUGCACUGUGGCUAUGGCGGUUCCUUUUCUUCUCCGUUCACUCUACUCCUCCACACGAAAAUCAUUCACCUCUUCUUCACCUCUCACUCAAUCUCCCUCUCGUUACUUCCCCCGCUUCUUCUCAUCCUCAUCCGCCGCCGCUGCCACCUCCUCUCCCGCCGCAUCACUCGAUCCUAACCGCCUCCGUAACGUCGCCGUCAUUGCUCAUGUCGACCACGGCAAAACUACUCUCAUGGACCGACUGCUUCGUCAGUGCGGGGCUGAUAUUCCUCACGAACGCGCCAUGGAUUCCAUUUCGCUUGAACGUGAGCGUGGAAUCACCAUCUCUUCUAAGGUUACUUCAAUUUCGUGGAAAGAUAAUGAGUUGAAUAUGGUGGAUACUCCUGGUCACGCUGAUUUCGGCGGUGAGGUGGAACGUGUAGUUGGUAUGGUUGAGGGAGCAGUUUUGGUUGUUGAUGCCGGGGAAGGUCCACUGGCCCAAACUAAGUUUGUUCUUGCAAAAGCCUUAAAGUAUGGGUUGCGACCUAUUCUUCUUUUAAACAAAGUAGACCGGCCUGCAGUUACUCAGGAGAUAUGUGAUGAGGUUGAAAGUGUGGUGUUUGAUCUAUUUGCGAACCUGGGUGCUACAGAGGAACAACUUGACUUCCCUGUUCUUUAUGCUUCUGCUAAAGAAGGAUGGGCAUCCACCACAUAUACCAAGGAUCCUCCUGCCGAUGCCAAAAAUAUGUCACAGUUGCUUGAUGCCAUUGUAUCACAUGUCCCCCCACCAAAUGCAAACAUUGAUGCACCUUUCCAAAUGCUGGUUUCAAUGAUGGAGAAGGACAAUUAUUUUGGGCGGAUUUUGACUGGACGCGUGCAUUCUGGGGUUGUUCGUGUUGGUGACAAGGUUCACGGACUACGUAACAAAGAUUCUGGUGCUGAAAAGAUUGAAGAUGGAAAGGUGGUGAAAGUGAUGAAAAAGAAGGGUACAACCAUGGUUGUAACUGAUUGUGCUGGAGCUGGUGAUAUAAUUUCAAUUGCUGGUUUGUCAAGUCCAUCAAUCGGCCAUACAGUCACUACUGUGGAGAUUAUGUCUGCAUUACCGACAGUUGAAUUGGAUCCCCCAACAAUAUCGAUGACUUUUGGUGUAAAUGACUCCCCAUUAGCUGGUCGUGAUGGUACUCAUUUGACUGGGGGAAAAAUUGGUGAUCGACUAAUGGCUGAAUCUGAAACCAACCUUGCCAUAAAUGUGCUUCCAGGCAUGUCAGAAACAUUUGAAGUUCAAGGAAGAGGAGAACUACAGCUAGGUAUUUUAAUUGAGAAUAUGAGGCGUGAGGGAUUUGAGCUAUCGGUCUCUCCACCUAAAGUAAUGUAUAAAACUGACAAGGGUCAGAAACUUGAGCCAAUAGAAGAAGUUACAAUCGAGGUAAAUGAUGAGCAUGUUGGCUUUGUAAUGGAGGCCUUGUCUCACAGAAGAGCUGAGAUUACUGACAUGGGUCCUGUCGCGGGAACUGUUGGCCGAACUAGAUUGUGUUUGACUUGUCCAUCGAGGGGACUGGUUGGUUACAGGAGCGUGUUCAGCAGUGAGACACGUGGAACUGGGUUCAUGCACCGUGCUUUCCUCAAAUAUGAAAAAUUUCGAGGCCCUCUUGGCAAUGUGAGGAAAGGAGUACUGGUGUCGGUGGGUUUUGGUUCAAUCACAUUGCAUGCAUUAAUGAGCUUAGAAGCUCGUGGGACUCUUUUUGUAUCUCCUGGAAUGGAGGCAUAUGAUGGAAUGAUUGUUGGAGAACACUCACGGGAUACAGAUCUUGAUGUUAAUCCAGUGAGGGCCAAACAACUUACAAAUGUACGCUCUGUGAACAAGGAUGAUACUGUGAAGCUGAUUCCUCCUCGCCUUAUGACACUUGAAGAAGCUAUAGGGUAUGUAGCUUCAGAUGAGCUUAUCGAGGUUACUCCAAAGGCAAUCCGGUUACGGAAGAAAUACCUUGAUGCUAGCAAGCGAAAAACCAUGAGUAAAAAGCCAAAGGAAUGAAGAGGACAAAAGGCCAGAUCAACGGGGAGUUUUUCCUCGAUUAAAUUUUGUAACAUUAAAUUAUUCAGCAUACAGUAUAGUCGUCAUGAGCAAAAGUCUUCGUCUUCAAGUUCUAACUUAAUUCAAGUACUGUAUUACAGGCACCUCAUAAGAAAUAUUCUUCGAUAGUGAGAAAUAAAGCCAACUCAAUUUUGUAUUUCUAGGAAAUAAUUAGUGAUUGCCUUGCUUAUUGGCUUGGAAAGAAGUUACUUACAUUGUUAUGUAAUGUAUCAAGUGUAUUUUUUUUUUGAAGAUUAAACUUCAUAUAUAAACUGGUCAUAAAGGCAGUUUAUUUUGCUUACAUUUAAUAUAAUGAUUUAUAUUUACCA